CCCCUUCAGCUUAUACACACAGACCCUCGGAGACACACAAAACCAUCGAUUCUUUUCCGGCAAUUCACCUCCGCUGACGCCGCCGCGAUCGGCUUCGAUGCCGUAUCUCCGAUUGCUCUACCUAUAAAAACUCAGUCCCUGAAAAUCGAUUACCGGAAUCCAUGGCUCUGCCUCUCGUCAAGGUCGGGGUUCUCGUCGGUGCAGGCAUUCUUGGUUCAUACCUUGCUCAGGAAGGACGCAUAUCUGAUGUGGUGUCUGGUGCAUUUAAGAUUGCUUGGAAGCAAAUACGAGAUGAUAAAACUAAAGCUCCCUCGGUUAAGAAACCAUCCAAUGAUGCUUUGAUGGCUCAGAUGAACAAAAUACGGCAGGAGCUGCAGUCAUAUUCGUCAACUGGACCAAUUACAAUAGUAACAUGCAGUCGAACAGGUGCUAGCAGAUAUUGUUUAAUUAUUGUUGCAGUAGUGGCAGGAUAUGGCUACUUUUGGUGGAAGGGGUGGAAACUUCCUGAUAUGAUGUUUGCAACCAGACGUAGCUUAGCUGAUGCUGGGAAGUCUUUUUCUAAACAGAUUGACGGUGUCUUUUCAUCAAUUUCAGUCACCAGGCGACAAUUAUCUUCGAAUUUGGAUGGUGUGGACCGUAAUUUAGAUGAGUGCAUUGAAACAACUGUUAGGACACAACAGGAGGUUAUUGAACUACAAGGAAAAACAGAUUCCAUCAGCACAAAUUUUAGAGAAGUUCAACAUGCAGUGCUUACUCUGGAAACUAAGAUUAACAGAAUAGAAGGCAAGCAGGAUUCAACUAAUGACGGAGUGUGGAAGUUGUGUGACUAUGCCAAGAGAUUGGAAAAUACUCAAAAUAGCAGAACCACAGAACGUAUUCAGGCAUCAUCGUCCAACUCUUCCGGGCGAUCUCUUGAACCACCACCAGCCUCGCCCUCAUCUUUGGUAAAGAUUGUUAUCCAGUCUAUGCACAUAGUCUAUUUUUGGUCUUUUAGUAUGGCUGUUGGUGUGAUUUGGCAUGUGACACCGCCAAAGUCUUCAAGGCUAGCACUCGAGCUACCCCCAGCAUCACCUUCAAGAGAGAAUAAUGGAAUUUCAGAUGUGUUUGACCCAUCAGCUUUGGGAAGCACAAGCAAUGUUGCUUCAAGGUCUGGUCGAUUUGGGUUUAAGUACCCAUCCCCGAAUACUUCAACAAUCCUAAGGACGCGAAGUGCAACAGUUGGGAUGCUGCAACAGAAUCGAUCUGCUAGUAGCUAAGAAGCAUGGAUACAAGUCAAUUUUUUUUGGUAGAAUAUGGACUCGUGGUGGACAUGAUAAUUAAAUUUUGAUUUUAAUAAUGUUAAUUAAAUUUUAUUUUUGUACUACCCAAAAUUCAGAAAAUUAAAGUCUUGAGAGAAAGAAACUGACGAGGAAGAUCAUAGGAGGAUCAUGGGCGUUCUGUCGAGAUCAAAAUACUCGUUGCCCAAACAGUCGUUUGAGCGGUGGGAGUGCACGUUGGGGAGAGUGAAGAACGUGAAGAUUUAAUUGCUUUUCCUAUCAACAUUUAAGCUAAUUUUUUAGCGUUUCUGCAAAUAUGGGGAAUGAACCCUUCUUUUCAUCUCUUUCCCUAUGCUCUGAUAUUACUUUCAGUUAGUUUGACAAUAUACAGUUUUGGUCGUCUAUCUAUCUCCGGUGACUUAAGAUAUUUCACGUUUAUCAAUCUCCGGUGACUAAAGAUAUUUCACGUU